AUGAAACCUUUAGCAGAAGCUAAACAUAAACCAAACUUGUGGUUAUCUUUUGUUGAUAUUAAAAAUAAUUCUAUUGAAUUUAAGACCAUUUCCAGUUGUGCUCACGUCUUAAAGAAGUUACACUUAAGAAAUGAACUCCAUGAAGAUCUUGUUAUAAAACUCAAAACCAAUCUUGGAAAACAACUAAGUUUUCAGUUGCAAAACGAAAAUCUACCUGACGAUCUAACUUAUAGCGAAGGCCCUUACGCUAACGAGCUAUUUAAUAGAGUUGGGUAUAUCGACAGUUUUCUACUUCCGGCUAAAGCCUCUUUUUUUCCCAUAGUUCUUGCAUUCAAACCUGAUAUUGAAUGUUUUGCCAACGACCUUGUCGAUGAGCGUUUUAACGACACUAACUACCCAGAAAAUCCUCAGCAAGAAUCAUACAAAGCCUUUGACGUGAAUGGCAAAAUAACUUUUCUUGCCCACAAAUUUAACGAGAGUGAAGGGGAUGAAUUUCAAGCGGAAAUACUAAUUAAAAGUUGUGUUUGCAGGUCCGUCCUUCGGGUGGCUCCUGAGGAUGAGGAAAUUUAUUUUGAUAAUUGUCGCCUUAACGAGUCAUAUGUCCGGAAUAUCACAGUUUAUAACUGUUCUGAGGUCCCUCUUUUGUUCCAUAUUAACGGCGAUGGCAUUUAUAACGAUUCUAAGCUGUCUUUUGAGUUUUCUGAUGCGAGCACUGGCCGUGCUUUAGACAUAACUUCUCCAAUUACCGUCAGCUGCUUCUCGCAGUUUCAGUUGCGCUUAGCUUGUAAGACCCUUCAGGCAGGUCAGUACAAAACCACUUUCCAGUUUGAAAAUGCCAAAGACGAAAAAAACAUCGGAAAAGUUGUGGUUCAUGCGACUGUUACCUCCACAUGCCCUUCCUCUGCGCUCACGUUGAGCACAGUUGUGUUAGAUUUUGGAAACUGCUAUAUCGGCAAUCCUGUAAUUAAGGUCUUGACUUUUUGCAAUUCCACUGAUUGUCCUAUGGAUGUUAUCUGUCGCACAGAGCUUCUUCAGCACGGGAUUACCAUGCACUCUCUGUCUCACAUCGACGACUCGUCUCGCCUGCAGUAUGACCUUAGCGAGAGCGAUGAGCAGACAUCGAUUGAACAGUUUGUUUUGCACGUUAACAAACCGCAUUCUGUCGCUAUCCGAUUCUGUCCAGUUGAGGAUGACUUGGACGAGAGUCUUGCUCAGAACUUGUCACUCUACUUGACCCGUCGCCAAUUCUGCUUGAAAUUCUUGUGUAAAAAUAAGAAUUCGGGAGAAUUAUUGGAAACUCGAGCAGUCCAAUGCAGUGCUCACAUCUGCAAAUCUGUCAUCUCUCUAUCUACUUUUCACAUCGAUUACGGGGACGUUGGCGUUGGUACAGUUUAUUACUCAAGCUUUAUACUCACCAAUCUUUCUGCUUUGAGCGCCGUGCUUUCCGUGGUUUCCCACUCGGCAACAGUUGCUCUCUAUUACUUUGAGGGUGAUCGAACGUUGUUGGCGCCCUGCAAGGACCUUGACGAGAAAGCAAUCCAGCAGGCCACUCCAGGCAGCAACAUUGAGAUUGUUAUUCCCCCAUUUAACUCCGGAAAAGUUUUUGUCCAGCUCUCCCCCAAAUUCGUCAACCCUAACUUUAGAACGCAAAUAGUAGUCAGUAAUUUGAGAAAUAGCUCCAAUGAUUCGACCGUCAUAAUCACUGCUAACAUCGUGACCCAGCUUUACAGCUUUUACGAGCAAAACUUCUUUAAAGUUAUAACAUUUGGUGGGGACGCCCUCUAUUUGGGAAAUAUUGUGGUCAACAACGCGUCUCUUUCUUCUUUUUUACUGAAAAACUUGACGCAGCAUACUUUGACCAUAAAUCUAAUUUCGUCUCUUCCCUCUCAGCUCUAUUUAUAUUUGACGAACUUCUCCGCUGGUCAACGCCCGAAAGAGGACUGCACAGCGAGCGGGGUGGGACAAGUACUUGUUGAGGCCAUGCUGGACGAUAUAGAGAAGAGCAGGAUGACUUUUCCGCUAUCUCCAACUUGCGCAACAGAGAAAAUUUCCGAAAGAUUUGCUGUGGACUACUUGGAUCUUGCGAGCCACCUUCCGCUUGAAACACGUGAAACAGCUCUACAAAAGAAAAGGCUUUUGGUCUCUCACCUCGAGGAAGUCUUGGGCGGCAGUGGGGAGAAUAUUUCCUCUACUUCUCGGCGGGUGUUUAGACCCGAUGAUAGGCUCCCCUCACAGGCACACUCUGCGGAGUUUUUGAAAGCGCAGCUCUCUGGACGCUCAGUCCUCGCAGCUCUUCGCUCAUUACUUCAUAUACUUUUUUCCGAUCCCGACUUUCAGAAGUUGCGCACUAAUGAAGAGGAAGAAGAGUUUAUAAAAAAGCUACAGUUCUGUAGACGUGAACUUUCACAUUACCUCCAAUCUGGUCUUCUUUUACCUGUGAGCACAUGUGUUAUACCGCCAAAGGGCACUGUGGAAGUGUUUGUCUAUUACAUGCCCUCUCUGGACAAUUAUCAGCGCUCCCCCAAACUUCGCAAAGUCGAGUCAACCAUUAAUUUUACUCUGGACAGUUAUAUUGACGGAGAUCUAGUUAAACACGUGCCUGAUGUCCCUCAGAAAAGUUCCCUUUCAGUAUUCUCUAAGGUUUGCUGCUCAUUUAUGAAAGUCGGCCAGCGCAAUAUAAAUUUUGGCUAUUGGACAAAAAAAAAUACCGCCAAAGUCAAGUCUUUGGUUAUUUAUAACGAAUCAGAAGUUCCGUUGCUGUACAAAAUAGUAAAGUCUGGUUCACUAGCGUCUGGGGAUCUGCAGAUAAAAACCGGAAGGAUGGGACUCAUACGCCCUUAUGAAAAGAGGAAUGUUGACUUUAUAUUUAAGCCUACGUUGCCUGGCGUCUACAAGGAAACCCUCAAAAUAGCAAACGUUUUGGAUCCCGACAACAACCAGCUUGUCACGCUAAAAGCCAAUGUUCUUCGCCCCGCUUCUUUUUUUCUGCAAUCUCUCAUCAUAGACUUUAAGAGAGUAGUGGUUGGAGCCCCCUCGCCACCACAGAGGAUUGUGAUUUCGAAUAACACGAACGUCCCCAAAAACUUUAUCAUCGAAGCAACUCGCGUUUUGUCCACGUGCGCGGCGGUAUAUCCUGUCUUUGACUUCGAAUUGGACGAAGAGCAGAUCGCCUUAUCCGAAAAGAAUAUGGAGAGAAUUGAAGUUUUGGAACAGAAAUUAAAAAUAGCUGCUCGUAAAGGGCACGUGGACAAGGAAAUGAAAAUAAACGACGAACUGAGCAAGCUGCGCUCUGGUGUAGAACGAGUUUCAGUGGGCCAAGUUGAGGAUGCCACCACCGCUUACGCUCACACUUUUAAGAAAAUGGAGAACGGAAUAGCCGUAUUUGUGGCUCCCCACAGCGCGCAGACCAUUCGAGCGACUGUCCACUUACGCGAACUGGAAGAUGAGGAGCAGAGAAGGGAGCUAUACCAGCGACAGCGCAUGUCUCAACAGAGGGAGACAUGGAAAUGGAAGCAAAUUAUGAAGCAGUUCUAUCCCGAAAAUUUUAAAGACUCGCGGUCUCCUUGUAAGCCCGGAGAAGGUCUUGCCGUCCCGUCCCUCGGGGACACCGCCUUCUAUCAUAGAAAUAGUUACGAACUUAUCAUUGGUGGUCUAAUCGUGAGAGAGGAAAAGUACGCUGGAGUUGUAAAAGUUAUAGCGUACAACAUAUGUUGUUGCAAGGCAGAGGAGCUCUGUCCGCCAAACCUCCACUACAUUGGGCUACAUCCCUACUCAUCUUUGGAGGUUUUACCCGCUCCUUCUGGAGAAUACGAGCAGGACAAUGACGGUGCGCUCUGUCAAGCUCCGCCCUGUGGAAAAGGUUGCGGGGAAAGAUACUUUACGGACUCCUCCGUGACGGUUCACGAAAUGGUCUCUACCGACCCUCCCUAUUUUGCGGUGGAGCCUAGUGAAUUGAACCUGGACACACUCUCUGUAGGCCACAUGGUUUCCGGAGAAUUCUGUAUAAUUAAUGAAAGCGUCUUUAAAACUUUAACAAAUUUUAUUAACUGUGAAAGUUUGUCUCAAGACCUUCAUCUCUCUGUAGACAAGACUUGUCCUCCUCAACAUUUGGAAGAUCUAAAGGCUUCUACGGGCCGUGUCAUUGGCAAUUUUUUUUUUACCUCGAAUAUUCCGACCCCCUGUACGCAAUCCGAUUCAGAAGAGAAGGCUUCGAUGAGAGGCGUUUUGCUUUCCUUGCAGUGUUACGAGGGAACGGUGGCUCCGUUGGAAAAAUUAAGAAUACCUUUUUUACUUCAAAGUUAUAAUGAGGUUGGUUUCAAAAAGUUAUCAUUGCUUGUUCAAGAGUCUGGAUCUACUCAGCAGAGACGAGUAAAUCUAUCAGUUCACAUAUUUCGACCUGAAGUUUUUCUUCUGCCUGAUUACCCCCAGCCUCGUGAUAAUGCUAGAAGCACCCCGCCUGAGCUCAUCUUGGAACACUGCUAUAUCCGCUCGGACCAACUGUAUUGCGGAAAAGUCGAAAUUGCUCUGGAGUCCAUAUGGGAAACUACAAUAUAUAUUACUGGGUCAUCUAACCUGAACAAACAGGUUUGGUUAUUUUGCGACGAAACUUGCGCAAAACUACUGGAAAAUGUUCCUCUUCGGCCGUUCGAAAGGAUUUAUGCGUACGUGUGUUUUAAGCCGAAAGUUUCUAGUGAAGAGUUGCAGAUGGGAAAGUGCAAGACUUUAAAGGGCAGUGUCCGGUUUCAUGCGUACGCUAAUCCGGUGUCCGCAACUGGAAAGCCAUCUUUGCUAUCUGAACGCUCUUUGGGCUUUCGUGUCGUUUUUGGUAAAAGUUUUCUUGCAGUGAGUAACUCUUCGCUUUUUCUUGGAUCUUCUUAUACGCCCGGAAGAGUCUAUUCAGCGGGCUUCACCUUAAAAAAUUUAAGUUCGGACCUUCCCGCCACUUUUAAGCUUCUCGCUCCGGAAGGCGUGACACUUAUAGAAGAUGCAGGAACGCUUUUACCUGCCAAAGCGCACCCUCAAAACCAAAUGUUUAUUUCCUUUACGUGUGCGAGCUCAUCGUACGGCCUAUUUAAUAGAGAGAUACAAGUCGUCAACUGUUGUAAUCCUGAGCAAAACUUGUUAAUCACGGUCAGCUUGUAUGUGGACGACGGCAGUCUCCACUGUAGUUUGCCGAAGUGUUGCGAUGUGAAUUGUUUGCUGGACUUCCAGACGUUAUAUCUGACGCCCAAUGUAGAGUCCUCCUCGCUCCAACCCAAUGUCUAUCUGCCCAAUGCUGUAUGGGUUGCCGGUUUUCAAUAUGUCCGUGAUUCACUAAGCCGUAUUCACCCAUUUGUCACUUUGAGUAUUCAUGAAAAACGACAGUAUGUGAGCUUUAGCCUUAAAAACAAUCUUAGUAGUCCAGUGAUUUUGGUUCCGAUGUCUGAUAUGAAGCUACAAGUUGUCUGGAAAUCGCUGCAGAUAAAAGAAUUAGACCAGCCGAAUUUAUAUAAAGAAACGGCGAGAUCCAAUUACUUUACUGCCGGAAAGCUUUAUGAACUGCGCGCAGGAGAAGAGGUCAACGUAUUUGUAAGCAUGCCAUCACCGGCGGCCGUAACCCCCGAGCAGUGGAAAGACCUUUUGACCCGUCGCCCCUAUAAGCAUCAUGGCUGCUUAUUUUUUGAACGCGUCAGUACUCGUGACGUGAACUUUUCCCCCUGUUCCCCCUCCACCUGCUGUGUCCAAGUCAUUGAUAUUCAUUGCGUCUACGGCCUUUCCACUAUGACGGUAUCGCCGAAGAUAAUAAGGUUCGGAAAGAUGGGUCACGUGAACUCGUGGCAGAAGGAGAGGAUACAAGUCACUGUCUGUAACCCUUCCGAAAUGCCACUGGCUUAUAUGUUCUCUAAAAAUUCGUAUCUUACAAUACUUAGUUGCGACAAGUUCGGCGACCAGGUUUUUCCCUUGGACCAAACUUUGUACCUCGAGGCAAACUGUUCAGCGGACUUCACCGUUGAGCUCGACCCCAAAAAGUUGCAGUCCGAGUCCAGAUUUACCUUUGAGACGGCCUUGGAGUUGCUUGAUCUGAAUGAUACUUCAACUAUUUAUAGGCUACCAGUUCAUGCGCAGCUCACCCUCUUCGACUUGAAAUUUGGACGCAUCGGAGCAGAGAAAGAAAUUGUGCUCCCGCCCUUGUUUUACCCGACGCCCUCCUUUAGCCGUCCUUGUGAGACAUGGUUUACCUUUAGAAACAUUCGCGAUCUUCCCUUUGUCUCGAGCGGAGAGACUAGCUUGGAGGACAACUUUAUUCUAAAUUCAGUCUAUACAAGCCAGUUCAGUAUAACUCCUGUUCUGGAAGAGGUGGUUCAAGGCUUCGUUUUCUUAGAGCUUUACUCGCGCUACUCGAAUGCGCCUCUUCCAAAAGAAAUUUCUCUGGGCAGUUUAGAGGUUGUUGAAGCGCGAGUCCGUCUAAGUCUUUUACCUGAACUUCGUUUGCCUCAGCGUCUUUUAGACUAUCUUGUGAGCGACCAUCCUGUCCUCGUGGGCCAGCUCUGCUUUCGGUCAUUGGCGGACAGGGAACCCCUCCCGCCAGAGAUUGUCAGGGUCUACGCUCGCAUUGUUGAAGGGCCCACCUUUUCUAUACUUCCAAAAUCCAUACAAUUGUCGUCCUUGAGCAGCUACCCCUCCGACUUUGGAACUGACCACACCGAUGACGCUCAGCAGGAAAUAAGACCGAAGUUUCCCUCGACCAGUAAACAGUUUCUCAUUUUGAACCUUUCCAAUGAGAUCUCGUUGUCCUUUCGAGUCAAGCUCAGGGCCCCUUCGGAUCGGGAGUGCGAUGAGGAGAACGCCCUGCUUUGUGUCCUUCCCGAAUGUGGGGUAAUAGCGCCAGGCAAUUCUCAACGAAUAGAGGUCCGUCUACGGCGGGCAAGGGUGACAACGUCCUGCACCUUGAAAAUCGAUAUUAUCGAUCUCUUUGCCCGACAAGGCAUUGCCCAGCGCUCCUUGACGGUAAAAAUCCUCUCGGGCUCAAACUUAGCGUUGGACCAAGUCCAGAAAAAGCAACAGCCUUUCCCUGUUACCUCUAACAGAAGUCCGUCCUUUCCCUUAGAGCAGUGUAUCGAAGGCGAUCAACUGCCCUUUUUGUGGGUUCGGUGUCGCAACUCCAAGCCAAUUAUAAACCACUUGUUAAUUGAAGUCAACAUCGGCCAACAGACCUAUAAAACUGGUCCCAGGCAGCGAGAGAUCCUCAUAGAAAACGGCUCUUUACAACAUACAAUUAGCUAUCGGGUGCGCCCAGCUCUGGGCUGUUGCAGCACAUGGCUCUCAUUUAAAAAUACUGAAGGGACUCUUGCGCGGCAAGAAGCCCAUCGGGUUAUGCUGACUUUGUCUACCGACUUCUUAGGAAAGUUGGUGGCUUACGUACUGGUGGAAAACUGCUCCAAUUUUUGUGACUUCAUCACGUUGCGUGUUCAAAUGGAGGUUACCAUGCUCCCCGCUGAAGAAAAAGGGAGCCCGGAGUGCAUGAAAAACUUUUUGGGGGGCGGGCACCUGUCUUUCCUGAAGAAGAGCUUUUCCCAUUACACGGAAUUUUUUGAAGUUAUAGUUCCUGGCGGCACGCUAGUUCCUCCGUCAAGGCAUAUCCUCAACUUGGCAGAUCUUUAUGCUUUGAAAAUACAUAAAAGCCGGUCGUUUGUGAUAAGAAAUCACUUUUCGGUGCCUGCGGAAUUCACCUUUAAAUGGGGUAGCUUGGAUUUUGGGGGUUGUGAACUUCAUUUGUCCCUUUCUCAGGACUCAUUGGUCCUCUGCGACUCUGUCUGUGUUAUGGCCCAAUCAAACAUUCGAGUGUAUUUUAUACUACUUCCCAGGUUCUCUUGUAAUAGCGAAAGGGAGGAGAAAACCUUUGAGCUCUCUAUCAAUUGCAGUUUGGUCAAAAAUUGCUGUCGUUAUAUUACAUUAAAAGCUACCAUUCGUAGCAGUUCUUUCUCCCUUUCCCGGCAUUUUUUUUCUUUUCUAGCGGAUAGUUUAUCUGGUGAUAUUAUCAUUGCUUCCCCUAAAGAGGCUUUGUUAAGCGUGUAUAAUAACACAAGUUCCCCGAUAAGUUGCUUCGUGCGGACUUUUACAAGGCACUUCACUGUUGUCAGGGCUGACGAGCAGUCUUGCGAACAUGACGUGGAUUUAAAGUGUAUAGGCAUUGAAGCUAGCAGCUCAGUUGACCUGAAAGUCAAGCCGAACUGGGAACUUAUUAGGCGCAAUCAAGAUAAAUUGUUUGCCGGAGCUUACAAGGAGGACUACUUUUCGCUAUGCAGCGCUGAUAAGGACAGGUUAACUGAAAGGGAGACGGUUCGCAUCUGUUGUUCCUUUGGUCUGCAUGGAUUUCACACUCCGGACGGUCCGCUGUACACAUCUCUAAAGGCAGCGAUACUAUGA